AAUCUAAUGCGCUGUCUCCACCGUUCCCGCGUAGCCGUUACCGCCUCGGCCUGUCGUUUGGUAGGUAGAAAGCGCGACAUCGCGCUACCCACCAUCGCGCUACCCAUCCCCGCGCCCGGGCCAUGCGUCAUCCUUCCACAGAUUGACUCCUAGCACAGUCAUAAAUUCCUCCUGCCGCCGGAAGAGUGCCAUAUCGGCAUUCGUGGUCUGGAAUCACGCAUGCUCUUGUCAGCAAGGCACCUGCAAGACACGUUCUGAGUACAAAUACUACCUCACAAUAUCGAUUGAAGCUCUGGCCCUCGUCCUCCUCACAUUGCAUAGCCUUCGGCUGUUUGCAUUCCUCUGGUCUUUAGAAGCGUGAAUCGAAGAUUCCACAGCACGAGUUCCACAACGCGUUCAGCACCCCUGUCAGCAGGCCACCGCCAGCAUGGCACAAUCGCAAGCCACGCAAUUGGCCAUCAUCCUGGCCACUUUUCUAUUGCCCAUCUUGAGUUAUCUGUACUUCACGAGGGUACCGUCAAAGAAGAACAAUGCCGGGCCAUUGCCUCCAUCGACUGAGAUUACAGCUCUUUACAUCCAUCCGAUAAAGUCGUGCCAUGGCAUCAAAGUGCAGUCGGCGAAGCUUCUUCCAACCGGACUUGAUCUUGAUCGCCAAUGGAUGUGGGUAACAGCAGACAAAUACGAAUUCCUAACCAUUCGCCAAAAUGCGAGAAUGACCCUCAUCCGCCCAUCCUACGAUGCCAAAACCGACACCCUCACCGUUACCGCACCAGCGCCGGACUCAAUCGACGAGAAACUCGAGUUCAGCAUCCCCGCACACCCCUCCAAAGACUGGCUUGAGGCCAAUACGGAGCGCCACGAGGCCAAAAUUUGGAACCAGUGGACACCUACACAAGUGUACUCAACCAAGCUCACCACGACCUUCAACGCCUUCUUCGGCAAGGAAGUUCGCCUCGUCUACAAAGAUCCCCAGUCCAACGAGCCGCGUCCUCUGCGCUCGAACGGUGCAGCAGCAGUCCUGGGCAGAAAGGCAUCAACAUGCUUUCCCGACAUGAUGCCCAUCCUCGUCGGUAACCAGUCCAGCAUCGACGAACUGAACGACCGCAUCAAAAUCGCGGAGAACGGCGACUUGACGCUCGACGUAACGCGCUUUCGCCCCAACAUCGUUGUGCGUGGGCAAGCUGCCGCGCCCUGGGAUGAAGACCGCUGGAAGACGCUGCGCAUCACUUCGUCUGGCAAGACGGUGGUGAAUUUGGAUGUUACUCAGCGUUGUGCGAGGUGCCAUGUGCCGAAUGUGGAUCCGGAGACGGCUGAAGAGCACAAGCGGCAGCCAUGGGAUACGUUGAUGAAGUAUCGCAGGAUUGAUGAAGGGAUCAAGUAUAAGCCUUGCUAUGGGAUGUUGUGUGUGCCGCGCGGGACGGGGGAGCUCAGGGUUGGAAUGACUUUGGAGGUUACGAAGGUUACGGAUCAGCAUCGAUAUAUCGCCGGAUUCUAGGCACAGAUGACGAGACGGUUGGGAGAAUGUGUAUAUGGGGGUCAACAACAUAGCAACUCGGAGGUUGACCUGAGCAGAUCUCAGCUUAUUACCUUUCACAGUGUAUACUUGACGAUAAAUCUGGGAAUCAGUUACAAUUGAAGUGUUAUUUGUUUCU